GGAGGCGCGCGUGCGCGGCUGUGAGCGUGCGCGGCACGGCGCGCUCCGGCGCCCGCCCCCCACCCCGCGGUCUCCGCCCCCCUCGCUCUACCGUGAGGAGCCCGAGUCGGCGGCGGGUGGCGGCGCCUGGGACCUGGAGAGACCGAGCCACCCCCCCCCCAGCUCUCGCCCGGAAUGUACUGACUCUCCUCUGCUCUCCUCCCCGCCCCGCUGCAGGAGGGAGGCGCCCAGAGUCUUUCCCCCUGGGCGCGCGAGGGGGCCGCGCGGGCCGGGCCGGGCCGGGCUGGAGCCGAGCCUGCGGCGCAGAGACCGGCUGAGGCGCGCCGAGGGAAGGGCGCGAGCGCUCCGCGGCGCUAUCGCCGCCGCCGCCGCUCGUGGGGUAGAGAUGGCGGCGGAGCGCGAAGCCGGGCGACUCCUCUGCACCUCCUCCUCCCGGCGCUGCUGCCCGCCACCGCCGCUGCUGCUGCUGUUGCUGCCGCUGCUGCUGCUCGGGUGCCCGGCGUCCGGCGCCGCGGCCGCGAAGAGCGGCUCCCUGCCGCAGUCCGCAGGAGCCAGUGUUCGAACAUUCACUCCGUUUUAUUUUCUGGUGGAGCCAGUAGACACACUCUCAGUUAGAGGCUCUUCUGUUAUAUUAAAUUGCUCCGCAUAUUCUGAGCCUUCUCCAAAUAUUGAAUGGAAGAAAGAUGGAACUUUUUUAAACUUAGUAUCAGAUGAUCGCCGCCAGCUUCUCCCAGACGGAUCUUUAUUCAUCAGCAGCGUGGUGCAUUCCAAACACAAUAAGCCCGAUGAAGGUUUCUAUCAGUGUGUAGCCACUGUUGAUAACCUUGGAACCAUUGUCAGCAGAACAGCCAAGCUCACAGUAGCAGGUCUUCCAAGAUUUACCAGCCAACCAGAACCUUCUUCAGUCUAUGUUGGAAACAAUGCAAUUCUGAAUUGUGAAGUUAAUGCAGAUUUGGUCCCAUUUGUUAGGUGGGAACAGAAUAGACAGCCCCUUCUUCUGGAUGACAGAAUUGUCAAGCUUCCAAGUGGGACACUGGUUGUCAGCAAUGCGACUGAAGGAGAUGGGGGACUCUACCGCUGCACUGUUGAAAGUGGUGGGCCACCAAAGUUUAGUGAUGAAGCUGAAUUGAAAGUCCUUCAAGAUCCUGGGGAAAUUGUAGACUUGGUAUUUUUGAUGCGACCGUCUUCUGUGAUCAAAGUCACUGGUCAGAGUGUAGUGUUGCCAUGUGUUGCCUCAGGACUUCCUGCUCCAGUCAUUAGAUGGAUGAAAAACGAAGAAGUGCUUGACACAGAAAGCUCUGAAAGGUUGGUCUUGAUAGCAGGAGGUAGUUUGGAGAUCAGUGACAUCACUGAGGAUGAUGCUGGGACGUAUUUCUGUAUAGCUGAUAAUGGAAAUAAGACAGUUGAAGCUCAGGCAGAGCUUACUGUGCAAGUGCCACCUGAAUUCUUGAAACAACCUGCUAACAUAUAUGCUCAUGAAUCCAUGGAUAUUGUAUUUGAAUGUGAAGUCACUGGGAAGCCAACUCCAACUGUGAAGUGGGUCAAGAAUGGGGAUGUAGUUAUCCCAAGUGAUUACUUUAAAAUUGUAAAGGAACAUAAUCUUCAAGUUCUGGGUCUGGUGAAAUCAGACGAAGGGUUCUAUCAGUGCAUUGCUGAGAAUGAUGCUGGAAAUGCACAGGCUGGAGCUCAGCUGAUAAUCCUUGAGCACGAUGUUGCCAUCCCAACAUUACCUCCCACUUCACUGACCAGUGCCACUACUGACCAUCUAGCACCAGCCACAACGGGACCACUACCUUCAGCUCCUCGAGACGUCGUGGCCUCCCUGGUCUCUACUCGCUUCAUUAAAUUGACAUGGCGUACACCUGCAUCCGAUCCUCAUGGAGACAAUCUCACCUAUUCAGUGUUCUACACCAAGGAAGGGGUUGCUAGGGAGCGUGUUGAGAAUACCAGUCAGCCAGGAGAGAUGCAGGUGACUAUUCAAAACUUAAUGCCAGCAACUGUGUAUAUCUUCAAAGUUAUGGCUCAAAAUAAGCAUGGCUCGGGAGAGAGUUCAGCUCCUCUGCGAGUAGAAACACAGCCUGAGGUUCAGCUCCCUGGCCCAGCACCUAAUAUCCGAGCUUAUGCAACGUCACCUACUUCUAUCACCAUCACAUGGGAAACACCAUUAUCUGGCAAUGGGGAAAUUCAAAAUUAUAAAUUGUACUACAUGGAAAAAGGAACUGAUAAAGAACAGGAUGUUGAUGUUUCAAGUCACUCCUACACCAUUAAUGGGCUGAAAAAAUACACAGAAUAUAGUUUCCGAGUGGUGGCCUACAAUAAACAUGGUCCUGGAGUUUCUACACAAGAUGUUGCUGUUCGAACAUUAUCAGAUGUUCCCAGUGCAGCUCCUCAGAAUCUGUCCCUCGAAGUGAGAAAUUCAAAGAGUAUAGUGAUCCACUGGCAGCCCCCUUCCUCAGCCACACAAAAUGGGCAGAUUACUGGCUACAAGAUUCGAUAUCGAAAGGCCUCCCGAAAAAGUGAUGUCACUGAGACCUUAGUAACUGGGACACAGCUGUCUCAGCUGAUUGAAGGUCUUGAUCGGGGGACAGAAUAUAACUUCCGAGUUGCUGCUCUCACAGUCAAUGGUACAGGUCCAGCAACUGAUUGGCUGUCUGCUGAAACUUUUGAAAGCGACCUAGAUGAAACUCGUGUUCCUGAAGUGCCCAGCUCUCUUCAUGUCCGUCCGCUUGUCACUAGCAUUGUAGUGAGCUGGACUCCUCCAGAGAACCAGAACAUUGUGGUCCGAGGUUAUGCCAUCGGUUAUGGCAUUGGCAGCCCUCAUGCCCAGACCAUCAAAGUGGACUAUAAACAACGUUAUUACACCAUCGAAAACUUGGAUCCAAGCUCUCAUUACGUGAUCACCUUGAAAGCAUUUAACAAUGUUGGCGAAGGCAUCCCCCUUUAUGAGAGCGCUGUGACCAGACCUCACACAGACACUUCUGAAGUUGAUUUAUUUGUUAUUAAUGCUCCAUACACUCCAGUGCCAGAUCCCACUCCCAUGAUGCCACCGGUGGGAGUUCAGGCUUCCAUUCUGAGUCACGACACCAUAAGGGUUACCUGGGCAGACAACUCCCUGCCCAAACACCAGAAGAUUACAGACUCGCGCUACUACACAGUCCGGUGGAAGACCAACAUCCCAGCAAACACCAAGUACAAGAAUGCAAAUGCAACAACAUUAAGCUAUUUGGUUACUGGUUUAAAGCCAAAUACGCUAUAUGAGUUCUCUGUGAUGGUGACCAAAGGUAGAAGGUCAAGCACGUGGAGUAUGACAGCUCACGGAGCUACCUUUGAAUUAGUUCCUACUUCUCCACCUAAGGAUGUGACAGUUGUGAGUAAAGAAGGAAAACCUAGAACCAUAAUAGUGAACUGGCAGCCUCCCUCUGAAGCUAAUGGCAAGAUCACAGGUUACAUCAUCUAUUACAGCACAGAUGUGAAUGCAGAGAUACAUGACUGGGUUAUUGAACCUGUUGUUGGAAACAGGCUGACUCACCAGAUUCAAGAGUUAACGCUUGAUACACCAUACUACUUCAAAAUCCAGGCCCGGAACUCAAAGGGCAUGGGACCCAUGUCCGAAGCUGUGCAGUUCAGAACACCUAAAGCGGACUCCUCUGAUAAAAUGCCUAAUGACCAAGCCUCAGGAUCAGCAGGAAAAGGAAGCCGACUGCCAGACCUAGGAUCUGACUACAAACCUCCAAUGAGUGGCAGCAACAGCCCUCAUGGGAGCCCCACCUCUCCUCUAGACAGCAACAUGCUGCUGGUCAUCAUUGUCUCCAUUGGCGUCAUCACCAUUGUGGUGGUUGUGAUUAUCGCUGUCUUUUGUACCCGGCGCACCACCUCUCACCAGAAGAAGAAACGAGCUGCGUGCAAAUCAGUGAAUGGCUCCCAUAAGUACAAGGGCAAUUGCAAAGAUGUGAAGCCUCCAGACCUAUGGAUCCAUCAUGAGAGACUAGAGUUGAAGCCUAUUGACAAGUCUCCAGAUCCAAACCCUGUCAUGACUGAUACUCCAAUCCCUCGAAACUCUCAGGAUAUCACACCAGUGGAUAAUUCCAUGGAUAGCAACAUCCAUCAAAGGCGAAAUUCAUACAGAGGGCAUGAGUCAGAGGACAGCAUGUCUACACUGGCUGGAAGAAGGGGGAUGAGACCAAAAAUGAUGAUGCCCUUUGACUCUCAGCCACCUCAGCCUGUGAUUAGUGCCCAUCCCAUCCAUUCCCUCGAUAACCCUCACCAUCAUUUCCACUCCAGCAGCCUCGCUUCUCCAGCCCGCAGCCAUCUCUACCACCCAAGCAGCCCAUGGCCCAUUGGCACAUCCAUGUCCCUUUCAGACAGGGCCAAUUCCACAGAAUCUGUUCGAAAUACCCCCAGCACGGACACCAUGCCAGCGUCCUCAUCUCAGACGUGCUGCACUGAUCAUCAGGAUCCUGAAGGUGCUACUAGCUCCUCUUACUUGGCCAGCUCCCAAGAGGAAGACUCAGGCCAGAGUCUGCCCACAGCCCAUGUCCGCCCCUCCCACCCACUGAAGAGCUUCGCUGUGCCAGCAAUCCCACCCCCGGGACCUCCUAUCUAUGAUCCUGCACUGCCAAGCACACCAUUACUGUCCCAGCAAGCUCUGAACCAUCACAUUCACUCAGUGAAAACAGCCUCCAUUGGGACGUUAGGAAGGAGCCGGCCUCCUAUGCCAGUGGUUGUUCCGAGUGCCCCCGAAGUACAGGAGACCACCAGGAUGCUGGAAGACUCCGAGAGUAGCUAUGAACCAGAUGAGCUGACCAAAGAGAUGGCCCACCUGGAAGGACUAAUGAAGGACCUAAAUGCCAUCACAACAGCUUGAUGACCUUCACCUGGACAUGACUCCAAGCCCGAGUCUACAAGGCUUGGAACUUAACCUUGAAAACAAGGAAUUGUACAGAGUACGAGAGGACAGCACUUGAGAGCAGGAGCCAGCAAACCAGCCAGUGCCUCCAUGUGGGGUUGGCUCUCGGCACAGCCACCUGCCUUCUCCUGGUCAGCCUGGAUUACACUUGUGUUGAGGCAGCUUCCCUUUGCCUGCUGAUAGCCUGCAGGACUGGGCACUAUGGGCCAAAAUUCUGUGUCCAGGGAAGAGGCAAGAAGUACAACCUGCCUUUUGCUUUGUGGUCAGUGGCUGUGUCUUUGUGCUGCGACUGCAUCACUUUUAUGGAGUGUAGACAUUGGCAAUUAUGUACAAUUUUGUGUCCUAUUUUAUUUUACCUUAAAACACUAUCAGAAGUCAAGGGAGUCCGUGAUGUUCUCCGCGAGCAGUUUACACUUGACUGCUGGUUCCAGACUUCUGGAAGUCAUCGACAGUGAGGUUGUUUGACACCAUUGACAGGCAUUGGCUUGUUGUGGUUUUCAUUUUUAUUUUUAAUUCUGAGACAUUGCAUCCUCUGCCAGCUGUUAAUCCAUCACUUUGAGGGGAGGACAUGUUGCAUUGCUGUUUGUAAGCUUUUUUUAUUAUUUUUUUAUUAUAAUUAUUAAAGGCCUGACUUUCUCCUCUCAUCACUGUGAGAUUACAGAUCUAUUUGAAUGAAAUGUAACAUUGAAAAGACUUGUUUGUUGCUUUCUGUGCAGAUUCAGUAUUGGGGUGGGAUUGGGGAUUGGGAAUAGGAAGUGGAGGGGCUGCCAAGGCCCUGUGAAUGUUUCUGUCAAUGUACUUUGUUGCAGAAGCCCGCAGAGAAUGGAAACAGCAUCUUCAGUGUUCUUUCCUGGCAUGUCCAUCUUCAUGUCACUGCAUAGCAACUGGAGUUGUGCUUGGAUCUGGUUAUAAAUUCUUGUACAAGGGUUGGUUUUGAUGAUUUCGCUGCUCCUGCCUUGGUCAUUUCCUUUUUGGAGUGUCUACGCCGAGGUCCCUAGUGGUGUAUGUUUAAUUGCUUGAGAGAUGCCAAGUAGAACCAGAGCCUGACUCCGCUCUGAGAAGCUAGAAAGCACAGGGUGGGGAUGCCCUUUGUGCUGCUAUCAUUGGUUCUCUUUGGAAAGGUAAAAGCUAAGGUGGGAGCUUGGUUUCCUGUUCCAAAUAGGAGGCCUGCUUCUCUGGGCGCCAGUCCUCAGCCGGGCAACUCUCCUGGCCACAUUGCAGAAGCUCUCCUGAAAAACUUCAGCCAGGAUGAGGCAAGAUGGGGUGGCGCCCGUGAGGCUUCCCCACAUGUUUCUUCAAGGAACAGAGGACAGAGGUAGUGGAGAGAGGGUCAGCGGAAGCAGGUGCCUUCAUCUCUCCCAGCAGCUCAGCCAGACCCCAGUUAGAAUGAGGCAGCAGGAGACAGCAGGAGUGCUGAGGGCUCAGCCACACAGAAGACUUCGCAGCGUCUUAAAGAGGUAAGCUGCGGUGUGUAUUUGGUGGUUUGUUUUUUUUAAAUGUUAAUGUAUAAUGAAAAGUAUAAGACUAACCCUCAGGCAUCAUCUUCUCCAACGGAUCCCUGGAAGACAGGAUAGAAAGCAAAUCGGGCUUAGGCUCCUUAGCCAGUGAGACUACUCAGACCACCAGGCUAGCCUGGUCUACCUGUCCUUGAACAUGGGUUAUUUUACCCUUUUUACUUUCAACCAGAUGAGCUCUUUGUAUGAUUGUGGGUGGGGGAUUUGAAAAAUGCAAUGAUCUAACUCCUGUUGCUCUUCUAGCUGGUCACAUGAUGGCACUAGGCAGGGUUCUGGGACAACCAUUGUGCUCUGACUGUCCUACAAAAAGAUGUCAGAGCAUUCGGGCCUCCUAGAUUCCUCAGAAACCGGCUAGCCUUUGCCUACAGAGCAUGCUAGGUAUUUAGAGCAUUCCUUCCCAUGAACCCCAGCACUUCUGUUACCUCAGGGCCUUGGUACCUGGAUACUGCCACAGAAUUUCGAUGGGGCGGGGAGGGAUGUAUUUUUAAAUAAAGUAACUUAAAAGUUGGGGGAUUUUUUUAAAUUCAGAAAAUGUAAAGCUAUUCUGUAUUACACCAUUUCACAAUUUAAUAUGUCUUAUAUUUUCCUGUGAUUCUGGAAACUAAACCAUUGUGUGUCUUGUCGUGUCCUAGUUGAGCUGUGGCUCAGCAGCUUCCUUCAGGAGGGUGUGGAACAAAUGUGUUUGUUGCCUUGCUGCCUGUUUGGGGGCUCCGAAGGACUGCUGGGACUGGGUUCUGUACACACUUGUUUGGCCUUUUCUGUAGUUGAUGCUGUAAAACUCUAUGGCUUUUUAAAAACAAUUUCAUGUUUUUAUUUAGUAUUGGAAGUCCAAUACACUUUUUUAAUCCAA